AUGGCCGACGCUCCCGCCAAGCGAGACGUCAAGAAUCAUAUCUUAUUCGAAAUUUCCACCGAAGUCGCCAAUCGAGUCGGUGGUAUCUACUCCGUCAUCAAAUCCAAAGCACCCGUUACGACUGCCGAAUAUGGCGAGCGAUAUACACUCAUCGGUCCACUUAACCAUGCCUCUGCGGCUGUUGAGGUUGAGCAACUAACGCCCAAGGAUCCCGCUAUGGCAGAGACCAUUGCCGCCAUGUCCGAGCGCGGAAUUGGCUUAAUGUAUGGUCGUUGGCUCAUUGAAGGUGCUCCACGCGUGCUGCUCAUCGACACCAAGACGGCUUACCGCUUCAUGGAUGAGUGGAAGGGUGAUCUGUGGAACACUUCGGGCAUCCCUUCGCCACCGGGUGAUGAGGAGACGAAUGAGGCGGUCGUGUUUGGGUACUUGGUGGCUUGGUUCCUUGGAGAAUAUGUCGCGCAUGAAACAAAGCGUGCAGUGGUCGCCCAUUUCCAUGAGUGGCUGGCUGGUGUAGGUUUGCCUCUGGCCAAGAAGCGGCGCAUUGAUGUGACCACCAUUUUCACCACCCACGCUACUCUGUUGGGCCGAUACCUCUGCGCUGGCUCCGUCGACUUCUACAACAACCUGCAAUAUUUUGACGUGGACGCUGAAGCAGGCAAGCGUGGCAUCUACCACCGGUAUUGCAUUGAGCGAGCCGCAGCUCACUCGUGCGACGUCUUCACCACGGUGUCCCACAUUACCGCGUAUGAGAGCGAACAUUUGCUCAAGCGCAAGCCUGACGGUGUUUUGCCUAAUGGACUUAAUGUGAAGAAAUUCUCAGCCAUGCACGAGUUUCAAAACUUGCAUCAGACAUCCAAAGAGCGCAUCAAUGACUUUGUGCGGGGUCAUUUUUACGGACACAAUGACUUUGACCCUGACAACACCCUGUACAUCUUCACCGCCGGCCGCUAUGAGUACCGCAACAAGGGUGUAGACAUGUUCAUCGAAUCACUUGCGCGACUGAAUCACCGCCUCAAGGCGUCGGGUUCCAAAAUGACCGUUGUUGCCUUUAUCAUUAUGCCUGCAAAGACCCACUCUCUGACUGUCGAGGCGCUGCGCGGCCAGGCUGUAAUCAAGUCUCUGCGGGACACUGUCGACGUCAUUGAGCGUAGUGUCGGAAAGCGGCUCUUUGAUCGGGCUCUGCAGUGGCAUGAGGGUGAUGUGCUACCUGAUGAAAAGGAACUCAUUUCGAGCCAGGACCGUGUCAUGUUGCGGCGACGCCUGUUCGCGAUGAAGCGUCACGCGCUGCCGCCCAUUGUCACGCACAAUAUGGUCAACGACCACGAAGACCCAAUUCUCAACCAGAUUCGCCGAGUGCAGCUUUUCAACCAGCCCUCUGACCGUGUCAAAAUUGUCUUCCACCCCGAGUUUCUGAAUUCGGCAAAUCCUGUGCUUCCCAUGGAUUAUGACGACUUUGUCCGCGGUACUCACCUCGGCGUUUUUUCCUCGUACUAUGAGCCGUGGGGUUACACCCCCGCCGAAUGUACGGUCAUGGGCGUUCCGAGUAUCACCACUAAUUUGUCUGGAUUUGGCUGUUACAUGGAGGAGCUCAUUGAAAAUGCUGCCGACUACGGCAUCUACAUUGUCGAUCGACGCAACAAGGGCGUUGACGACUCCGUCAAUCAGCUCACCAAUUACAUGUUUGAAUUUGCAGAAAAGAGCCGGAGACAGCGCAUCAAUCAGCGAAACCGGACCGAGCGGUUGAGCGACUUGCUCGACUGGAAGCGGAUGGGUAUGGAGUAUAUCAAGGCGCGUCAGCUCGCGUUGAGAAGGGCAUACCCACAAUCUUUUGAGGGCGAAACGGAAGCCGGCUUUUUUGAUGGCACCGAAAUCAAGGUGUCACGGCCGCUAUCGGCUCCUGGAUCUCCUCGAGAUCGGUCUGGUAUGAUGACGCCCGGAGACUUUGCCUCAUUGCAAGAGGGCCGAGAAGGACUGAGCACCGAGGACUAUGUUGCAUGGAGAUUGCCGCUCAUGCUAAUGUUGGAAAUUUUUAGUGAGGAAGAGGAUCCAGACGAGUACCCCUUUCCACUCACGCUGCGAUCUCCCAAGGCCAACGAUACGAUACCAGUCAAUGGUACAAAGUAA